UGUCAUCCCGGAUGUGUUUCUUGAGACAAGUAAAGCUGAAUGGAGGACUGGAAUUAUAUAAUUACGUAAAGUGUGAUGUUCGUUUGUUUGAGGAGAGGAGCAGGUCUGGCUGAGUUUCUUGUUUAGACGAUUGUUUCCCCGCUCGCAGUGCCACAGCGUUCAAUGCGUCUCCAAAUGCGCACGACCAAUCUGCAGCAGCGCUCCGCAGACCGCCUGCCAGGCAUCUGGCUGCUACGCGUUAAUUCCUGGAGGCGCCGCUUUUCGCUCAGUCACCCCCCAACAGGUGGAUAAAUCGAGUGGGCAAGAAAAUAUACCCUGGGGAAAACUGGACACGUUGCGGAACCAGGGGGGAAAAAAAAUCUUCAGAGGAAACUUCGUUGCAGCUUAUUUUUCGUCUCCUGGAUUUGUUGCGCGGUGAAUUGAAUGCAGUGUGUGCGCCGGUCUGCUACGUUUUUUUUUUUUUUUUUUUUACCCAAAUAAAGACCGGAUGGAAGUCGUGAUCAAAACUGACCGAAUCUGGAUCUACAGUAGGAGUACUGUCAAGUCUCCAAAAAUGAGGAAGGAGAAUGCAGGCUAGACUAAAAACCAAGAGAAAGACGGACUGGCAUCUUAAGGCGCCAACACAUUAACGAGCAGGGUCUUCAUGCAGACCCACACUGCAGUUUUCACAACUGAAGGAUGCUAAAUUCAAGAAGUUUAGGCGAAUGAUUUUUUUCAACAGCCAUAUGCUUCUUGUUUUAUUAGUCCUCAUGUGGUCACUGGAUAUUUUCUAAAGGAAGAACACUGAUCUCCCUGAGCGAAGUUCCAAUGCUCAACAUCCCAAAGUGUGGACUCCCCCUGUCUGGCAGCAGCUGUAGCAGUGUUAGCAGGGUGCUGGUGAGCUGAAGCCCAGGGAGAUGUCACAGCUUUACUAUCGGCGGACUGACAGCUCCUCGUACCGGGACCGCAUCCCGCUGAGAAUUGUGCGGGCUGAGUCGGAGCUGUCGCCUUUGGAGAAGGCCUACCUCGGAGCUGUGGAGAAGGGGGACUAUGCUAGUGUCAAACAGGCUCUGGAGGAGGCAGAGAUCUAUUUCAAGAUCAACAUCAACUGCAUCGACCCUCUUGGACGCACGGCUCUGCUGAUUGCCAUCGAGAAUGAGAACCUUGAGAUCAUUGAACUCUUGCUGAGCUUCAACGUCUACGUCGGCGAUGCCCUGCUGCACGCAAUCCGCAAGGAAGUGGUGGGAGCUGUGGAGCUGCUGCUAAAUCACAAGAAACCCAGUGGCGGCAUGCAGGUUCCUCCUAUCUUAUUGGACAAGCAGUUCUCCGACUUCACCCCUGACAUCACUCCUAUCAUACUUGCUGCACACACCAACAACUAUGAAAUUAUCAAGCUUCUGGUGCAGAAAGGCGUGUCUAUGCCGCAGCCACAUGAGGUGCGCUGUAACUGUGUGGAGUGUGUGUCUAGUUCAGACGUGGACAGCCUGCGACACUCGCGCUCUCGCCUCAACAUCUACAAAGCGCUGUCCAGUCCCUCGCUAAUUGCACUCUCCAGCGAGGACCCCUUCCUCACUGCGUUCAGGCUCAGCUGGGAGCUGCAGGAGCUCAGCAAGGUGGAGAAUGAGUUCAAAUCAGAGUAUGAGGAGCUGUCUCAGCAGUGUAAACAGUUCGCCAAGGACCUCCUUGACCAGACGAGGAGCUCUAGAGAGCUGGAGAUGAUCCUCAACUACAGAGAUGAUAUCAACUUACUGGAGGAGGAGGGCAACAAUGACCUGGCAAGACUCAAACUAGCCAUCAAGUACCACCAAAAAGAGUUUGUAGCUCAGCCAAACUGCCAGCAGCUUUUGGCAUCCCGGUGGUACGAUGAGUUCCCCGGCUGGAGGCGGCGACACUGGGCAGGGAAGUUCUUCACCUGUGUCUUCAUCGGCCUCCUCUACCCCGUGUUUGCCUUCUGCUACCUCAUCGCUCCAAAGAGUCGUUAUGGCCUCUUCAUCCGUAAGCCUUUCAUCAAGUUCAUCUGCCACACUGCGUCCUACUUGACCUUUCUGUUCCUGCUGCUCCUCGCCUCCCAGCACAUUGUCACCACUGAGCAGGACAGGCAGGAUAGACAAGGCCCCGCACCGACCACUGUGGAGUGGAUGAUCCUACCCUGGGUGCUGGGUUUCAUCUGGGCAGAGAUCAAGCAAAUGUGGGACGGUGGUUUCCAAGACUACGUCCACGACUGGUGGAACCUGAUGGACUUUGUCAUGAACUCUCUGUACCUGGCCACCAUCUCCCUUAAGAUUGUAGCCUACACUAAGUACAGUGGCAGUAAACCCAGGAACCAGUGGGAAAUGUGGCACCCAACCUUAGUUGCUGAGGCAGUGUUUGCCAUAGCAAACAUUUUCAGUUCCCUGCGCCUGAUCUCACUCUUCACAGCCAACUCUCAUCUGGGGCCACUGCAGAUCUCUCUUGGGAGAAUGCUGCUGGACAUCCUGAAGUUCCUCUUCAUCUACUGUCUGGUUCUACUUGCUUUUGCUAACGGGCUGAACCAGCUGUACUUUUACUAUGAGACCAAGGCUUCAGAUGAGAGGGGAAAAUGCAAGGGCAUCCGAUGUGUGGAGCAGAAUAACGCUUUCUCCACGUUAUUUGAGACCCUGCAGUCUCUCUUCUGGUCAAUCUUUGGCUUAAUCAACCUGUAUGUGACCAACGUGGACCCAGACCACCAGUUCACUGAGUUUGUUGGCGCCACCAUGUUCGGCACCUACAAUAUCAUUUCACUGGUGGUGCUCCUCAACAUGCUCAUAGCCAUGAUGAACAACUCCUACCAGCACAUUGCUGAUCAUGCAGACAUCGAGUGGAAGUUUGCCAGGACGAAACUGUGGAUGAGUUACUUUGAAGAAGGGGCCACUCUGCCGGCCCCGUUCAACAUCGUCCCCAGCCCCAAAUCAUUCUGGUACCUCAUGUGUUGGAUUAAGAGGCAGGUGUGCAAGAGGACAAACUCCAAACGCCCUGAAACCUUUGGAUCUCUUGGUAGGCGAGCAGCAGAGAAUCUGAGGAUAAACCAUCAGUAUCAGGAGGUUCUGAGGAACUUGGUGAAACGUUAUGUUGCCGCCAUGAUCAGAGAUGCCAAGACAGAGGAGGGCCUGACUGAAGAGAACUUCAAGGAGCUGAAACAAGAUAUCUCCAGUUUUCGAUAUGAGGUGAUGGGCAUGAUGAAAACAGGGAAGCCUGCUCUACAGGGGGCAAAGGCCAGCGGCAGCUCAGUGGAGUCCAGUCUUGCUUACCCCAAUUCCUCACUCAAGGUCUCCCCUUGCCCUCAGAGCAGCCAGGUGAAAAGCAAACUCAACAGAUUCAAGGUCAUCACCUCUAUCCUGAAGCAGGGCAGCUCUACAGCUUCACCCAGACCGCCUGAGGCCUCCAACGGUCUACCCAAUGGACUCCUGUCGGUGGAUUCUGAUGAGAGCCCCAGCGAAAAGUCAAGUCAGAGGAGAAACUUCCCCAAAGAUAUCACUGACUUUGGCCUUUUCCAGAAACGCCACUGGGACAGCAACGAAGCCACGUCAGGCACAGGAGAGAUUUCCAGAAACAUGUACUCUUUAUCAGAGGAGGCAGGUGAGUCUGGGGGCUCAGACGCAGAUGAGCAGGACAAAGGGCAUAGGUCUCGAGGUAAGGAUGAGGAAGAGCUCUUAAAGGGAGAAAAGGCAGAAAAGGCUGCAGUGACUGAGGCAGCGAAUGAGGAUAUCGAGGUCUCAAAUACCAACCGCAGCUCGGAGGAAGAUGGAGGAAAAGAAACUGAGGAAAAGGACAAAGAGACUUUAUCCUGCAGUGGCCCAGUAGCUGACGGAUGUUUGCCGGGGACAUGCAGAGAAGAAGCUUAAGACAUGGAGAUGCAUGAACACAACUACAGGCCACGUAAUGCUGGACUGAAGACAGAGACUGACAAUCAAUGUGAGGAAUGCCAUUGCAGACAUGUAUGCAUCAUUGUUUGUUUUGCAAAGAGUCUAACUUUUCCAGUAAUUACUAAACUAAUGAUCAGCUUUGAUCUUUGGAGACUCAGGGAGGCCAUUGGUUUAAGAGUUUUAAAAUGUUGUUAUAUUAGCAGAGGAGAUGCAGCAAAGGCAAGGUAAGGAGCUCUGUGUGAGCAUCGCAAGGAUUUAGAUUUUAGGAUAAAGUCAUUUCAGCUUAUCUUUUCCCUACAGAUGAUUGGAACGUAAUUAUUUCCUAAGACUGAUAAUUUCCUCUUUUUUUAAUUACCCCCCUCCUUCUUUGCCGUUAUCUGACAUGUGCCCUUCUUUUCAAGUUAUCCACAGUUAACCAUAUUCUCUCCUGUAUCAAUCUCUCUCUACCUCUUUUCCUUUCCUGUUUAUGUGUACAUUGCUUUAUCUCUCCCUAUCUUUACUCACUAGAGCAAUAGAUGUGUUCUGUUAUAGACCUGACUCUCUGCCUUAUUCUGUCUGUUUCUGCACUUUACACACUUUACACUGGCAUACAGUAUCUCAAAGAUGUGUCAAGCUCUGAUCAUGCAACAGCAACUCUGUCAAUGUUUUUCUAUGCAAAAACCUGGGAUUGCGAUUCUCACCAUUCUGAUGAGAACCAUGGCAUAUAUUCAGCAGUGGCACUUCAUAUAUUAGUAUUCUCAUACAUAUGAAGGUAUAUACAGAGAUAUACAGUAUACCAUACCAUACCAUUUAAAGCAACAUAUUAUUCGUGUUAUGUCACUCCUACAGAAAAUGAACUUGUUAUUUUGAAAAGAUAUACUGUUUUUAAGAGGUACCUUUAGACGUCAUGUUAGUUUGUAUGAAUGAUGAUAUAGAAAUUAAAGCAUAGAUCAGAAAUAAACCUAAAAAUACACUCUUUAAUUGGCCUUUUUUUUCUUUUGUUCAAGCAUGAAGACAACACUCAAACACUAUGAUGCUGUCAUGACGGGCCAACACGGUUGCACAUUGCUCUUGAGGAUUUUACUUUUAUUUUAUUCUAGAUUGCUGCUAAGUAGUUAAACAAUGAUUGCUAAGGCUUUUGUAGUCUUUCAUUCACACUCUCAUAAAUGUUUAUUGAUCCUAAAGAAGAUCUGUGAGAUACUCAAAAGAAGUCCUGUUUAUAUAUAUAUAAACAGUUGUUUAAAAAUUUUUUUUUUCUGUUUUCAUGGAUUUAGUCUGUCACGUUUAUGACCUUGAAAAAGUUUUAAAACCAUGGAAGCAAAACAAAAUAGAACCAGGACCUGAUGUUUUUCCAUUGAAGAUAAUGUAUGCAAACAAGGACUGUUAAUGGUUUAAUGGUUUUUCAUGUAAUUUACACAUUUCUAUGUGGUUGUCUAGUUGAUAAUCGAUCAGACAUGGUCUCUCAAAAUAAUGAAUCACUUCUAAUUUAAAAGACAGAGGUUCACUCCACUGCUGAGGCUUCAAAAUAAAAGCACAUACAUUUUCAUUUGCAUUGAGCUUCUUGGUUAGUUUAGAGAAGACAAACAAGGUAUAGGCCAAAGGUCAUCAGAAAGUUAAAAGCACGUCAUAUUAAAAAUCCCAAAUGAUAAAUUCAUACAAGAGUCUUUUCUCCAGCUAUUUAACUUUUUAUCUUGUAACUUUUCACUUUAAAAGUUUAAAAAGUUUAAAAGAUGAAAGAACAUUAUAAUGAUUGCAUUAUUAUGGAGUCACAUGAAGUUCUGCACAGAAUUACUAAAUCCUUUCAAGAGGCUUUUUCCCUUCUCCUCCACCAGUAAUCUGUCCAUUAACAGCUGACACAUCCUUCCAUUAGUUCUAACAGUCAGUGUAGCAAAACCACAAAGAGAGGACACUGCAAAUGUGUCCUUUAUCUGCCAGCAAUUUCCCACCACUUCAGCAGCUGCUCUUACACUGCCAUGAGCUGCCAUGAGCAGCAAGAGUUUGUUAAUCGAAAGUGCACUACAGUCAUUAUAUUAUAUUAUAUUAUAUUAUAUUAAUCUCAGAGUCUUUCUCAAUGAUUGGAGGAGCAGGAGAUUGAACCACCAACCCCUGUGAUUAUUAAUUACCACAGACCAGACAUUUUUGUUUUCUCUGCACUGAUAUUUUUCUGGCUGCUUUGCGUCACUGUCCUGUUUGUGUUAGUGGCCUGUAAUUUCUAUCAGUGAGCAAGUGACCAAGCAAGUGAAAAAGAGAUGAAAUAUUCAACAGAUGAUGAAACUGCUCCAUGUGUGAUCAAAAGGCUGAGCUGAAAUGCUCCUGGGGUUGUGAUGGAUCUUCCAGCAGCACUGAACCAGACUGUCACAGAUUCAGAAACAUGUGAAUAUAAAGUGCUCCAACUUACAUAUAUACAUGUUCAUACUCAUAUGUUAAAUGUUAGAAUCAUGUUUCAUUUAGUCAUAUUUGUAUUAUGUAGUGCAGUGUUAGUUCAAAAUACUGUUGUGUUACUCAGUUAUGACUGAACUGAUUCUGAACAUCCACAUUUCAGUUUAUGAAUUACAUGAAUUAUGAAUGUGACUGAAAUUUCCCCCAGGAAAAAAGAUCUGCUUAAGAUCCAUUUAAAUUUACAGUGCAUCUGAUGGAUCAGAAUGUAUUUGUAAAUAAAUAUAAUAGAUAAAGAUAAAAUCUGAUUCAUUUCUCUAGUUUUUGGAGAUCAUCUUACUGCUCCUUCGCUGUCAAAUAUGACAAAUAUGAUUCAAAAUUUAGAGAAUAUUUAACAACAUGAAGGACUCGUGGCCUUCAGGAGCUGUUACACCCUUUGUUCUACAGCAAAGGCCAAAAAAAAAAAGAAUAACUUGUGCUUGAGGCUCAGCCAGCAGUGGUAACAAGCUUAAGCAAAUGCCUGAACCAACACAACCACACACACACUCACAGUUGAUACAAUCACAGACUGUUAAUCCAAACAAAACAAAACUGUCCACACACAAGGUUCACAAUUCCAAACAGAUUUAUCCUAUUAAAGUGUAUAACAUGGA